AGAGAGAGGGAAAGAGAGAGAGAGAGAGAGGGAGAGCGAGGACGCACUCAGUCUUCUUCUCGUGUCAAACAUGCAGGUUGUUGGUGGUAGAAAAUCAUUUUGGAUUUACCCUCUACUACUUUCCUUUCAACAUUUUUGGGGAAGACUAUCAGCCUCCACGUCCCCUCCCAGUCUUCCAGCUCCUAAACUUGACAUCCACCUGAGGACCGAGGAAUCAGUGGUAUUGGUCUGCAGGGCCUUCCACCGAGGGGUCCUCUUCAUGCUGUACAGAUACAGAGAUAUGGUGGACUCUCGGGAGGUGCAGUCAGGCGCUGAGGAGGUACAGUUCACUGUGAGGGUGCAGGGCGGAGAUUCAGGCCGACUUGAGCUCUUCUGCUGUCUGUACAAAGACCAGGCCGGUCGAUACAGUGCCUUCAGUCCGUAUUUGCAGCUGGAGUCCCAAACAGAGCACCAUAAUCUCUCCAGGAGAAAGCCAACAACAAUCUUGACUCCUACGCAGCCUGGGCCGACAAAUUUCUUGCCGCUGCCCACCCUCGUUCUCCAGCAGCAGACAGACGUGUGGCGUUUGCUCUGCAGAGGCUCUUCUGCGUACCCCGGUGGUCUGUUCUCCCUCCACCUGGCUGAUCAAGAACUCCCUGUUGCCGUUCAACGUGCCAACUUGAUUCACCAUCAGGUCACCUUCCCAGUGCCGGUCCAGGACACGCCACUGGCUUUAUACCAGUGCCAGUACAGCGUCCUACUUGGAAAUAAAUGGAGUAACUCUGAACGGAGCCUCCCAUUGGCUGUCUCAAGAGGACUUUCCCCUCCAUCAUCAUCAGGUGUGGACUGGCCUCUUGUUCUGGGCUCUUUCUCUGCUGUGGUUUUGUUUCUCUGUUCGCUGGCACUUGUUGUUGUUGUGGCACACAGGAAAGUAAAAGCAGCAGCAGAAGAAAAGAAAAAAAGAGAGGAAGCACAGUUUUGGACUCAAGUUCAUUCUAAGGAUCAUGUUGUUGACCUGACCCUCAGACGUAGAAGCCUCACCUCUCAGGAAUGGGCCAGUGCUGACAGGACUACAGAGGGCAGCUCCAGAUCUCCUUUAUGGAACUCAAUGUCUACAUUCACGAGCCCGAUCCAUCAGAUCCAUUAGAAAAGUUUGUUCUCUCUCUCUCUCUGUCUCUCUCUGUCUCUCUCUCUCUCUCUCUCUCUCUCUCUCUCUCUCUCUCUCUCUC